UCUGUCACAGGUUGAGUAGAUUUAGGUUAUAAAACAUAAAGGGAAGUGUCUAGCUAUACAUGACAUCUGCUAACUUGAAGAGGGCAAACCUUUUUAGAUUGUUGAUCAUUGUAUUUUGCUUCAUACCAGUUUCAGUGCAUGAAGGGCCAUUUUUACAUAUACAUAUUGUUAGAAGGAAUUUUUGUAGUCACAAAGAACAUUUGGCUGGGAUAUGAAAUCAACUUGGACAAUUCCUGUCUUGAUGAACUAAUCUGGGUCUACCUACUCUCUACUGACUUGGUAAAUUAUGAUUGUUAGCUAUUUUUGAUCUCCAAUAAAGUUAUUAUCAUGGUUUUGCAGUAUUCAUACAUGGGAGAAGAUGAACUUCCAGAUGUUAGGAAUUCACAAUCUCCUGAUGGAGCAAAAGAUAAAAGGAAUGGCUCCAGAACAGGAAAACCAAGGUCAGCUCGUGGUAACAGGCAACCAAGAGACCAUGAUUAUUGCAUCAGGUAAAUUCAGACCUUUGUUAGGGCUAAGCCAUGUUUGUAGUACAAAUGGUACUGGUGAAAUUCACUGUUUAACCCCUUGACCUCCCAGAAAUGAGAACUAGACUUGUUUGUACGACUGUGGCACAUGUAGAGUGUGCAAGACUAUUCAUGCCAUUUUAUUUGUCUUAACAAAAAGUUUGAUACACUUCUACUGUGGGUACUUGCUCUCUUUUAAGUCACUGCGGAGGAUGGAGUCUUCUAUUACUGCAUUGUCACACUUAAUUGGUCUUUAAGAUUUCUGAAGGAGUAUUACUUAAAUUGCACUGACACAUACUACCGUCCUUCCAAUUGCAAUAUUCUACCCAGUAUGGCAGUGUGUUUUGAAUGUUGCUUUUGUACAAACCUGCUUGAUGUGUUAAACCAGCUGAAGGCCUCUGAGCACAGCUUUUCCUUCUUUAAUACAUGGAUAUUUAACAGAGGCUGAUGUCAUUUUUCAGGGUUCUUGUUCCAUCCACUAUGGUGGGAGCUAUUAUUGGUAAAGAAGGAAAGAAGAUAAAGGAUCUCACUGAUAAAACAGGAACAGAGUGAGUAGAUACAUACAUAAUAUAACUUGGGACAUGGCAUUUGUUCAUGAAAAACACUGGAUUAUCCUAUAUUAAAGUUCACAUGGCAGCCAGGUGGACAGUCGGACAUGGUUUGAUACUACUCUGGUUUAGUGAUUUAAUUAAUGUAACCGAGAAGUUACAAUUCAUAGAGCUAACGUUCAAAUCACUGUUGUCUAGUACCUUCAUCAGGGGUGAUCUAAACACUGCAACAAGAGGUCCUUUAACACGCUCACUAAUUAGCUGCCUUUUUUUCUGACAAGGUGUAAAUAGGUGUCAGGAAGUAAGCCGCCAUCAUCACGAUUCAAAGGAGCGUAGGCUGAGUUGAUAUGUCAGGCUUCCAAACAAAGGUGCUGGUGGUGAUGCCGAUUAGUGGUGAUGAUUUUAGACUUAUCCCACCCAAUUGUAUGGUUGGUUCGGCAUGAGUGCUCCAAUAAAGCUAAAUUUUCUUUUUUGCAAAAGAAGACCGCCUUUCGAUGCUCUUUCAAAUGUGAACCAAAGUGACGUUUGGUCCGUUGAUAUACUGGUUAUCACAGCCAUUGCACAGAAUAGAGUAAAUAGCAUUAGUUAGUUGUUUUUUCGUGACAGGAUCCAUAGGUUUGGCAGAAAUAUGCCCCAAAGUUUGAAAAGGUUUUUGAGCAACUUAAGGGUUGGGGCUAUUCAAAAUUCUCUUGAUGGGUUCCGUAACACCCUGAAUGUUGGGAGUAACAGCAAAACUAGUCACUGGUUCCCUCUCAUUGGGAGUGCUAUUAGUUGUAACUGCUUUUUGGCAGUUAUAGAGAAAAGGUUUGGUAUAGCCAUUUGCCUUUAGGACAUUAGAAACAUGUUUCCUCUCCUCAGCCUUCGAAUGGAUUGAAGAUGGUUGACAGUCAGCCCUCCUGAGUAAAGUUUUGGCUACAGACUCUUUAUGGCAAAUAGGGUGGUGAGAAUUGAAAGUGAGGUAUUUGUUGGUGCAGGUAGGUUUACGAUAGACACUUGUCUCUAAAUUUCUCUGUUCUUCUCUGUACACAUUUAAAUCAAUACUGAUUAUGCUGUCAAAAAUUCCUGUGAAUUUGGAGAUUUCAUAAGAGAUAAAACUCUUGAUGCUUGUGACAUUGUUUUGCUCGUCACUAAAAUGCUAGUUGAUCUUGCCAUUAAGGUUGCGGAGAAAAGACUUAGAGAGGGUGCUUCCUUAGGACAAAGAACUUCUUUGCUUGUGGAGGAUAUAUUCUUCUGCUGUCUUCUUGCCUCAAAACCACACAAUUUUCAUACAGCUUUACCUACUAUCAACAGGUUUUUGGUACAGCUAUGGGUUCAUUGUUAAAAUGCUAAUGGAAGACAUGGAACAAAGGGCCUCGGCCACUUCAUCAGUUAAACCCUUUUUCUUGAAACGAUAUGUCAAUGAUGUAAUUUUUUGUGGUAUCCGGAAAUGAAGUGGAAUGCCUCUCAUCACACUUGAACUCAGUCAAGCCGUCUAUCCAAAUCACCCUUGAGCAUGAAAAGGAUAGACAUUUGCCCUUUCUUGAUUUUAAUGUGUACAGAGGGGAGCAGAGGAAUUUUGAGAUGAGCGUCUAUCGUAAACCUAACCACACUGACAAAUACCUCACUUUUGAUUCUCACCACCCCAUUUGCCAUAAAAAGUCUGUAGCCAAAACUUUACCCAGGAGGGCUGACUGUCUACCAUCUUCACUCAAUUUUAAGGCUGAGGAUGGGAAAUAUGUUUCUCUUGUCCUAAAUGUGAAUGGCUAUCCCAAAACUUUUCUCCAUAACUGCAGAAAACUAGUUACAACUAGUAGCACUCCUGAUGAGAGGGAACCAGUGACUAGUUUUGCUGUUAUUCCCUACAUUCAGGGUGUUACGGAACCCAUCAAGAGAAUUUUAAGUACCCAUAAUGCUUAAGUAGCUCAAAACCUUUUCAAACUUUGGGACAUAUUUUUGCCAAACCUACAGAUCCUGUCACAAAAGAACAACUAAUUGAUGCUGUUUAUUCUAUUCCAUGCAAUGACUGUAAUAAUGAGUGUAUCUGACAGACCAAAUGUCAGUUUGGUACACAUUUGAAAGAGCAUCAAAAAGCGGUCUUCUUUUGCAAAAAAGAAACUUUAGCUUUAUCGGAGCACACGUGCCCCACCAACUAUACAAUUGGGUGGGAUAAGUCUAAAAUUAUCACCACUAAUCAGCAUUGCCACCAGUGCCUUUGUUUGGAAGCCUGGCAUAUCAACUCUGCCCAUGCUCCUUUAAAUCAUGAUGAUGCAACUUAUUUACUGACGCCUAUUUACACCCAGUCAGAAAAAAGGGCAGCUAAUUAGUGAGUGUAUUAAAGGACCUUUUUGUUACAGCACUUAGAUCACCCCUGAUGAAGGCACUAGACAGGAGUGUCGAAACAUUGGCUCUAUGAAUUGAAACUUCUCAGUUACAUUCAUUAAAUCCUCAAACCAGACUGGCAUCAAACCAUGUCUGACUGGAUUAUCUGUUGUAAUUUGCUCUAAUUCCAUUGAGUCAACUCUGUUCAGCUUUAUCAGUGCUAUACACAUGUAACUGUCUUCUUUACCAUUUCAAGUUUUAAUCAUAAGUGCUUCUCACUACACAUUCAAUAAUAAAAUUCACCACUAAAGUACAAUUUACAGUUGCAUUGGAAUUUUCUUUUCAGCAUCACAGUGCACAAGAAAGAUGACAAGGGUCCUCCUGAAAAGGUAACAGAUAAAUGAUUUCUGCUUUGUUUAUGUUAACCCUUUAACUCCCAUUAAUGACCAAGACAGAAUUCCUCCCUUCAUUAUUCAUACAAUAUCUAGCAGACAAGUGAUGAGAGAAGAGAAAAAUAUCAAUUAGGGAAUUAUUAGCUGAUGCAAUACCAAAUUCUCCAGAUGAACAUCAAAAGAAUUGUAUAGUAGACAGAAAGGAGAAUUUAAGGAGAAUUUAAGGAGAAUUUUUCAAGGUAAAUAUGCUGUCUGUGCACAAUAGCUUUUGAUACAAAGCCAAAAAAAAAAAAAUUGGAAAAUAAUGUUGUUGUUGACUUUCUGGUAGCAGAAAUUUUUAUGUCCUUUUUGAGUUUAUUUUAAUUUUUUAAUAAUGAGUUUAUUCUAUUUUAAUUAAAAAAAAUAACUGUGUUAGUGUGUAGAGUGGUAUGUUGCUUGCAUCAAUCAGAUUGCUCUAUUAGGGUACGUAUUUUGCACCAAUCAUAUCACAACAUUUGGAUAUCUUGCACCUAUCAAAAUGUUUAGGGUAUGUAUCUCACACCAGUCAUAUCACAGUCCUCUUGCAAAUGUUGUCAUGGAAUCAGGGGGCUGUGUACAAAGAAUAGCAUAAACCAUAAAUUUUGGGCUAAUUUUGAUAAGUGUUAUGGUGCAUGGCCUCUGUGAGAGCCUUGUUGAUUAAGAUUGAGAUUUAUUGGGAUAUGAAAGGUUCACAUAUAACCUUUUUGUAUAAUUUUUAAGGUAAAAAGUGUUUUUUCUGCUCCUUUACUCACAACACACACGUCAAACAACUUACAUUCCAUCAUGUACAAUGAAAACAAUGUCCAAAGUCCAAUCAACAUACCAAAUCAUUGCACUAUAUGAACAUUAGGCACUUUUUUUUUGUGCUUAAAUUGUAUUCCACCAAUCAAAUUCUAUCUUGGCAAAUUUAGACUUUGCUUUAUCACGUGUCAUUUCCUUCUAAACAACCUGUGUUUAAUCAUGUAUUCUAACAGCAUCGUCCAAUCCCUCUGGGAAAAAAUUCACAUGAAACUAAAUGCUUCUAAAAGUAAAUUAUCCAUGCAAUUCUCCUGUGUUUUGACUUUUUUUAGGAAUAAAAUUUGCUUUUAGCUACCUUGGGCUUAAUCCAAUUGUGUGUCAAUUCCUCGUAAACAACUUGUUUUUAUCACAUCUUUUACACACACACAAGGCAAAGUCCAGAUAGGCAACAACCAAUCAAGGAGCCCCAAAUAUUACCCUUUUCUCUUGUUCAGUGUAUCUUCACAUAUUCGAGAUGGAAAUAUAUCUUCUGUUAGGGUCAAAUACAGGACAUUUCGCACAAAAGACUUUUUGCACAAGUCUUUUAGCUCAAGUUUUGGACCGUUCACACGAUUCUUAGUGGUCAUUUUGCACAAUAAUUAUAAGUGAGAAACAUCAAUAUAAAAGGUAUACUAGUUGAUACUGAUAAGACAUUUCACCUUCACAUGUCACUUUCAAUAAGAUCCAACGGCAAGAACGUGGACAUUUAUUUGUGUAGUAACUUCAACUAGAUUGAAAUGCUUGUGAACACGAUCACUAUUCUUACUUAUACUUACUUACUUACUUGAAGAAAGGAACAAAUCUUUCUCUCUAUGAAAAUGUAAAGAACUCCCUAUUCGAAAGAUUACUUCUAUUACUUUUCCUUUGUCAAACGAAAAACCUUUUAGUUUUGACAGUACAUCAUCCACCACAAACAUAUGAACAUGACAAUCCAACGCUAAGGACGCCAUGUUGAUUUCAAAAGUAAUUGUCACCAGUCCUCUCUCUUCUGAAGUCAAAGUAAAAACCUGCAAACUGUUUCACUUUUUACCAAAAAUGACAAAAGACCUAUUUACAAAAUUUCUGUGUAAAUAUAUAUAAAUUUCUGUAUAUAUAUAAAUUGGUGAAUUCUGAUAAACAGUUACAUCUAUAUCUCGACUAUGUGACGGCCAUGCUACUUGGUCAAGACUCAAAGAAAUUUAGCCCUUUCCUACAUUCAUUUAAGCUAUAGUACAUCUAGAUUUCUUUUGAAUUUUUAAAACUUUCGUGAAAUCAUUUGUUUACAUCAUGGUCGCUAUGACGCUUAUCAAUCGAUACUGAACUCUCCAUCACUUAGGUAAUUGUUAUUAGAAUAAUUUGAAAGGUUACUACUCAAUAGAUGUAUUAAACUUUACAAUCUUUAAAGAGAUUACAGAUCGAACUUGUCUUUCUACAAGAUCACUAGUUUCUACCUACACUGACACGUUCAAGUUGUCAAAUCAUAACACUUGCAUGUGACAACAUUCGAUGUGAAGCACUCUCUGAAUAUCCAGUUAUUAACGUUGAACUGUUUUUGCUGUACGUGUUACCAGUAUGCCUAAUUGUCAUUAUAUAACAAAGAUAUAGGAAGCAAGUUUUCAUUAGCUUUGUUUGAAACUCUUGGAGAUCGAUAAAACAGGCUGUUUGAAGGCGAUCGAACAAGGAAGGAAGACUGGUGACAGUUACUUUCAAAAUCAAAAUGGUAUCCUUAGCGUGGGUUGUUAUGUUUGGAGGUUUGUAGUGGAUGAUGAACUGUCAAAACUAAAAGUUUUUUUUGUUUAACAAAGGAAAAGUUAUAGAAGUAGUUGUUCAAAUAGGGAGUUCUUUAUAUUUUCAUAAAGAGAGAGAUUUGUACCUUAUUAAAUAAAUUAUAUUUUUGAGGCAACUAACUGUAGACAAACCUCUUGCAACCUUUAUUUGGUCUCAUCACACAACGUGCUCUCUCUCCAACGGGGAAUGUAUGGUGUUGUGUGACAAGACCAAACAACGGCUGCAAAGGGAAACAACAGUAAGUUUGGCACCAAUGUAUUUUAUUUUUGCUUAGAAGUAUUUAGACAAAAAAUACCUGCGUGAGUUCAAAUAAGUUAGUUUCUUUUUUCUUUGACUUAAAGAGAGGUAAUGCAUUAUUUUCAUCCAUUGGAAAGAUAUGUGGUUUUCUGUUACAAAAAAAUUUGGUACACAAAAAGGCCCAUCUCAACCCACCCAGCCAAAAGUAACUCUUACAUGCUACACAUGCUUAUGUUCUUUUAUUAAUCAGUACAAAAAGUUAUGAAGUAUAGCUUUUCUUAUGUUUGUUUUAGGUGGUGGAGAUUGUUGGGACAGCAGAGCAGUGUACUGAAGCCAACCUUGGCAUUCACAGGACUAUGCGUGCAGAAACUGAUCCUGCAAAAAGAGGGUAUGAUAUAACAAAACAACAAACCAACAAGAAAACAAGCAGUCUUUUAGUGACAGAACUAUAUUUGUCUUGCAAGUGACAUAGUGACUUUGCUUGCUAAAAGCAAUUGAUGCUCUCCUAUCUAAUGUUUGUACUUAACCACCGUUUAGUGAAUCAGUUUGUUAGUUCUGAAAUUUAUCUCACUUCAGCCAUCCUGUGACACAUACAAAUACAGCUUCUGGCUAAGAACUAUCAUUGACAGGAAUAGCCUGCCACCUGAUUAUUUAACAUUGGAUUCAACUGCAAAAUUUAAAGCCACCAUCUCUGACUACAUUUUUUCAGUGUGCUGUUUACCUUUUACGAUUUGUUUAUUUUUAUUUUUUUUUUCCUAUUUUUAUAUGUCCUAGUUGUAGUGUUUUAGUUAUUAGUUAGGAGCUUGCGAAUAUGUCUGUUAUAGAUGUUGCAAGAUAAUAUAUAUAAAAUGUAAAUGUAAAAUGUUAGGUGAUACAAGAGCAAGUCAGUGACUCUUAAAUUGAACAGUGAGAGAGAUUGUUGAAUAAAGAAUGCAGACAAUUUUGUGAUGAUGAAAGACCCUGACAUUUGCUCAGCAACAGCUUUGUUUUUGUUAUAAUUAUCACUUGGCAUCAUAAUUACUGAGAAAGAUGUUUUUUGUCUUGUUGCAAGUGUGGGACAGAAAACAUUCUUAGUCCUCAUUGAACUCAGCUUGUUAGAUUCCAAUCUCUAACACUCUAUCACUGAACCACAGAGACUUUGUGGUGAGCAAGGCCCAUUAGACAGUUCAUAUUUGCACUCUGUCUCUCUUAUUCUGCACUCUCUCCCGUAUGCUAUAUGCAAAACAUCAUGCUAUGGACAUUGCUUAUCUAAGCAGUAUGCAUGUUGCACAUUAUAUUUGAAUUUGGUAAUGGGCCUGGCUCACCAUGGAGUCUGUGGUUCAGUGGUAGAGCACCAGAGCACAGAAUUCAAAGGUCUUAGGUUUGAUUCCUUAUGGGAACUCAGAAUUUUUAAUCCUGCGCUUGUGACAAGAUGAAAAAGCAUCUUCCUCUAUUUCUUUACCAAGCUCAAAACUUUCCAUCUUUCUUUUACAAAAUCCUACUUACUUUUGCCCUUUGUUUAAUUAUUGAUGCCAUUUUGCUUGAUUGUUUCAGCCAAGUCAUUGAGAUGCGAAUUUUGGUUCAUAGUAGCAUUGCUGGAAGAGUGAUAGGUAAGAUGUGUAUGUGUAAAAUAACUUUCUUUUAAGCAGAGAUAACAGUAAAUGCAUAAGUUUUGUCUUGUAGACAUAUAUGAAUUGGUGUUGUGCUUAAUCUGCUUAUAGCACCCUUAAGUAGCACCUGAUACACAAUGUUCAUAACAACUUUAAUGGUCAUUUGUCAACUUGUUUUGUGGUAAAUGUCAUAAGGUGCUUUUACUCAGUAAUUUCUCAAAAAAAAAAAGAAAUUUCUGUCCUAAAUUACUACGUCUGCUUAUAGUGAUGAAAUAUUUUGAAGUCCUUUGUCUUAUGGUUUUUGUUAUUUUAACUUCUAUUAUCUAUUUUUGGCAGGUAGAGGUCAUUGCCACCUUAAACAUAUUACUGAAGAUGUAGAAGUUACCUCUGUUCGAGCGAAAAGGUAACUGUUCUGAUGCUGGAAAAGUGAAACUUAGAUUUCUCUUGGUGUUCUUGCCACCAGUUUGUGUAUUGUGUAUUGUGUAUUCUUAGGAAAUCUGACAUCAUUUUUGUCGUUGUUAUGGUAUGACAUAUUGUAAUGUCGAACUGAACAGAAUUUUGCUUUGAACCUAACAAAACUCCUAGCCACUAAUGUGUUUUGGAGAAGCCUGAUAAUUCUCCCUUCUCUCAUUCCAUUAAACAUCACGAAGGGAUGGGAAGGGGAAGCAAAAACUACUGAAUUAUUUUCUGCAAGAUAACCAUUGCAUUAAAAGCUAUACACUCUAUAUAUUUGUCCAUGACUAAAGCUAAAAGGUGUGGACAUUUAGCUUUAACUGAACUGGUUUUGUCUUUUAUGCUUCCAGGGGAGACAUCAAUCCAUUAAACCAAAUGGAUAGAGUAAUAACAAUACAGUUUCAACUGCCAACAGAGCAGCUAGCCAUAUCUGAGGAUACUAUGCUAAACCCAGAAGAAGAGGAAGCACUUUCAAAAUGUAGUCAAGCUGAACACUUAGUUAGUGUCAAAGCAUAUAGUUGCCUCAGAGAGAUCAUGUCACAGGUUUGUGCUUCAAGCAGACUUAAAUAUCAAAACUCUUAACUUUCUUUUGUAAAUUGUUAGACUUGCUUAGUCACCAUUACUGCAAGUAGUUCUAUUAAGAAGAUGAUUAACAUGUCAUUUGUGGAUCACAUAGUCAGAACUAAAUGAAUUCAUAGUUAAGUAUGGGCCUCUAAUUUGGAAACGUGUAUUCAGUUCAGAAUACCAUUUUUGAACUGGGGACAUCACAAGAGUUGACUUGAAAACCCUAGUGGCACCUUACAAUGAAAUGAAAAUGGACAGCAACAUCUUCAAAGUAAGAGUCAAGAAAACAAGAUCUAUGUCAACUGGUACCUGUUAUUCUGCUUCAAUUAUGAAACUAAAGCUCUAAAUUUUUUAGAAAAACUUAGCCCUUAAGGAAUAAUCAAUUCUUGUUAUUAAAGUUGAGGACUUCAUUUAAAUGAUACAGGCUGUUAUGUGCAUGUACAUAUGUAUGCUGACAUAUUACAAUUCCUUUACUCUCUAGCAACAACAGCGCCCAAAUGUACAGCAACAGUUUAUGCCUCCCCAUGCACAGGGUCCUUGGCCUCAAAUGGGAGCACCCUCUUAUAGCAACCCACAGCCUGUGAGUAUGGUUACUCCAACUAAUCAUAAGAUUUUUUUUUGCCUGCAGUUCCUAGUAUUUAUAUUGAUAUUCAAUGAAAGUAACCUAAACCAUCUUAUUAUAAAUAAUGAUUUUUCUUGUAGACCCAUCCUUUUCCUUCAUGGUUUCAAGGAGCAUUUGGAAACGUCUUUCAGGGUUAUAUGAAUGUGGCCCAGGUAAUUUUUUUUUGUUUCUACAAAGUGGCCAUUUACUUUCUGCAAUUUUGUUUGACUUCUGUUUGCUAGCUGUAUUCCCCUCCAAGGAGUUGCAGUGACUCUCCUUCAUUAACUGUUGUAGUUGAGAUUGAUCUUAAGUAAUUUGUUCCUCUGUGUAAUUAUGUUGUAGAUGGGAGUUAAAGUUCACUUGUCAUUUCCAUCCAAGUUUGCUGGCUCCUUGAUUGGCAAAAAGGCUUCAAAUCUUCACCACAUAAAGAAUUUCAGUGGAGCUCAUAAAGUGCAUGUGUUUCCUAAAGAUCGUGAUGCACCUGAGAGAUAUGUUGAGAUCAUUGGCACUCCUUUGCAGCAGUACCUAGUAAGCUAUUUCAUUUAAAGAUAGCUAAAGGGAGCUAAAAUAAGUAGGUUACCCACUACAAAUUUUCAAUACUUAUACUAUACAAGUCAAAAUGUACAAAGGUAUUUACUUAUUUAUUCUAUUUUUACAUUUAGACAAUGUAUUUGUCUGUUUUAAUAGUUAUUGCAAGAAAUGACGCUAGUACUGGUGAUAAUUAACUUUGUUGUAAUUAUGUCUCCUUUGCUUGACAAUUUCAGGCUCAACACUGUGUUUAUUGUAAGCUUGCAGAGGAAGGUUACAAAACAAAUUCAGGGGAAAAUUUUGGCGAACUAAAAUUGAAAAUAGAAAUUUUCAUACCUCUCAAACCAGGAAGUAAGGAUCAGCCCAAUGUAAUAGGCAGAUUUAUUGGUAGAGAUGGCCAAAAUGUAAGUGGGCAGAACUCAUUCCUCAAAUUUGUUUAUAUUUUGAAACCUUUUAGUGUUGUCUUGUUGCCUUUCACCUUCAUGCAGGAAAGAAUCUCAAAAUUGUUCACCAUCAUCUCCUGUGUUCCUUGAUUUUUUUUUCCCCAAAAAAGAAAUGAGUCAAAAGUUUGUUAUCCAUAUAUUAUUGUUGUGAUCUCUAUCUGGUCCAACUAUGAUAUCUUGUCCAGUUUAACCUUGUGCCCCCAAAUCAUUUUGGGUAAGGGUGAAUCUCAGAACCACACAUUUUCAGUCUUUUGAGCAUUUUCCUGGGUUCUAAAAGGACAGUACUUUAUGGAGAUUUGUAUUUGCAUUUGUAACAUACCAAUUUUUUUUUAUCUGUUUAUUCUGGGUUAGGUUAAAGAACUGCAAAGACAAACAGGAGUACGCAUUAAAGUUGUUUCAACUAGUGAAGAUACUGAUAGUAAUGAGGCAAUUGUAGUUAUUGAAGAAAGCUUUGCCAGUGGCCAGGUUAGUGCACAAGUCACCAUUUUAGGAGUGAUUGCAGUGAUGAAUCCAAGCUGAGCAAUUAUUUUGAUUAGUGAAGAUCUUAGUGAAGACCAGCAACAUAGAGAAAACUGGCACUGACACCAAUUUUUUUCCCUUAGAUAUUGUUUUGAAUUCCUCUUUUGACCAAUAACAUACCACAGGUUACAUUAUCACUGGGUGUUGAUUUAAUAUGUAUGCUUUAAGUGUUUCUCUAAUCCAAUAUUUGACUUAGAUUGUUUGUUCUUAUAGCGUGCUCAGAUGCAAAUUCUUGAUGCCAUAGUUCGAUGUCAAUCUCCCCCACCAAGGAGGCAACAGGUGCCUUACAGCUGAAAGUGACUCAAGGCUAGGAAAUGUGCACAUUCGCUGUAUCUUUCAUAUGUUCACUCUGCUCACAGCAUCUUGUAUUCUAUUGUGAUCUGUUGUGGUGAAGCUUACCAGGUGUAUUGUUGGUAUAAGCUGCUGGUCACCAGUGAGACACUGAGCACCUUACUUCAAAAACUAAUGGAUAUGACGUAAUCAAUCUUGAACCUUUGUAGUAUUUAAUGCAAUGCCAUGUAAUCUUGAAGUCAUGUGUGCCACUAAUCAUAUGUGAAAAUAC